AUGAAACUCAAAUGCUUAUUUCGACCAUUCAGAACCCAUAUUAUCACGGCCAUUGACAUGCAUUUUUCAUCCCUAAGGCAAAAAUCUGAAUUUAGGGAAAUUAUACCUUACAGUAAAGGAGAGAUAUUAACUAACAGUACACAUCCGUCAUCUUAUUAUGUAACGUGGUUCCAUGUUGUCUUUUCUGCAGCGUCUACAAUAUCCAUCAAAAUUGAUGGUGUUAAAGACUUCACUUAUGAGGAAAUGAAACUAGCGACAAACAAUUUUAAUGUCUCCACUCAAGUUGGACAAGGAGGAUAUGGGAAGGUCUACAAAGGUAUUCUAGCUGAUGGUACUGUUGUGGCCAUAAAACGUGCCCAGGAGGGAUCAUUACAGGGUGAAAAGGAGUUUCUUACAGAAAUAGAAUUAUUGUCAAGGGUACAUCAUCGAAACCUGGUGUCUUUGAUUGGAUACUGUGAUGAUGAAGGGGAACAGGUACACCCUUAA